GUUUCUGAUCCAAGCUACCUGAUGAUGGCAGUAAUGCACUGUUAAGUGCGGUUGCCAGUAAAAGAAAGAAGAAGAAGAAGAAGAAGAAGAGGAUGCGCGCACACGUGAGCUCUGCUCUUUUCAUUGCUGGAGUAAAAUUAAUUCAGUUCACACCUGCGAGGGUCUCCCUGUGAGGGGUGCCAGCAGAUGUCCAGAUAGACCGCCGUGUGCUGUCAUCCAGUCCUGGUCCGUUUCUGUUCUGCUGUGGAUCGGCUGUACGUUAAAUCAUCAUCCUGCAGUGCCUGAGGUUUUGUCACUCCACCCCACCCCCUGUCAUCAUGGCACCCAAGGACAUCAUGACCAAUUCGCAUGCCAAAUCCAUCUUGAAUGCCAUGAACGCCCUGAGAAAAAGCAACACGCUGUGCGACAUCACUCUGAGGGUGGAGGGCACAGAUUUCCCGGCCCACCGCAUUGUGUUGGCGGCCUGCAGUGAUUAUUUCUGUGCCAUGUUCACCAGUGAGCUUGCUGAAAAAGGGAAGUCCUUUGUGGACAUUCAGGGCCUCACAGCGUCCACCAUGGAGAUCCUGUUGGAUUUUGUUUACACAGAGACGGUGCUGGUUACAGUAGAAAACGUUCAGGAGCUGCUGCCCGCUGCCUGUCUCCUGCAGCUCAAAGGUGUGAAGAGAGCUUGCUGUGAUUUCCUUAACAGUCAGUUGGAUCCAUCAAACUGUCUGGGAAUCAGAGACUUUGCAGAAACUCACAACUGUCUGGACUUGAUGCAGGCAGCUGAACUGUUCUCACAGAAACAUUUUGCUGAGGUGGUGCAACAGGAGGAGUUUAUGCUGCUCAGUCAGAGCGAGGUGGAAAAACUCAUCAAGUGUGAUGAGAUCCAGGUUGACUCAGAGGAGCCUGUAUUCGAGGCAGUUCUGAACUGGGUGAAGCACAACAGAAAAGAGAGAGAGCCAUACCUACCCGAUCUGCUGGAGUAUGUGCGCAUGCCGCUGCUCACCCCACGAUACAUCACUGAUGUCAUUGAUAUAGAGCCAUUGAUACGCUGCAGUCUGCCUUGUCGAGAUUUGGUGGAUGAAGCAAAGAAGUUUCACCUCCGGCCAGAGUUACGCAGCGAGAUGCAGAGUCCUCGAACCCAAGCAAGACUCGGUGCCAAAGAGGUUCUCUUGGUAAUUGGAGGAUUUGGCAGCCAACAAUCACCCAUUGACGUUGUUGAGAAGUAUGAUCCAAAAUCCAGAGAGUGGAGCUUUCUUCCUAACAUUGCAAGGAAGCGACGUUAUGUUGCCACCGUUGCCCUGAAUGAUCGCGUCUAUGUUAUCGGUGGGUACGAUGGCCGAUCACGCUUGAGUUCAGUUGAGUGUUUAGACUACACAGCAGAUGAAGAUGGAGUCUGGUACUCUGUCGCCACAAUGAAUGUACGCCGAGGCCUUGCAGGAGCUACAACUCUCGGAGAUAUGAUCUAUGUUGCGGGUGGAUUUGAUGGAAGUAGACGUCACACCAGCAUGGAGCGUUAUGACCCUAAUAUUGACCAGUGGAGCAUGCUGGGAGAUAUGCAGACUGCAAGGGAGGGAGCAGGACUUGUUGUAGCCAGUGGACUCAUUUACUGUUUAGGUGGUUAUGAUGGUCUGAACAUCCUGAAUUCUGUAGAGCGGUAUGACCCUCACACAGGACACUGGACCAGCGUCACUCCCAUGGCCAACAAACGCUCAGGGGCUGGUGUGGCUUUGUUGAAUGAUCACAUAUAUGUUGUCGGAGGGUUUGACGGCACGGCCCACCUGUCUUCCGUAGAGGUGUACAACAUCCGCACAGACUAUUGGACCUCUGUGGCCAAUAUGACCACACCACGCUGCUACGUAGGAGCCACGGUCCUAAGGGGCCGCCUUUAUGCCAUUGCAGGAUAUGAUGGGAACUCACUGCUCAGCAGCAUUGAAUGUUACGACCCCGUGAUUGACAGCUGGGAGGUGGUGACUUCAAUGGCAACACAACGCUGUGACGCAGGAGUUUGUGUGCUCAGAGAAAAAUGAGAAGAGAUUUAAUUCUGACAUAGAGGCACUUUUUAUAUCUGGACACUGGAAUCUGCACUCCACUGCUCAGCAGAGCAUCAGAUCCCAUUACCAGCCUUUUUAUGACUCUUUCCUCUUAUUGCAUUUAAGUUUUGUUGCCAUCUGAUCUCAGUCCUUGUUUUCCCUUAAUGAGGGAUAAAACACUAACUUUAUGAUACAGUCAACGUGUGUUUCACCACCGUUUUUGUCCUCUUCAUACAGACUCUGUGAUCUUUGGUUCUGUGAGAUUCACUCAGUUGGGUCCUUUAAAGUGCAAUAUAAUAAUCUACUGGUGUUGAAAUGUCUCGGAGAAGAGACAAGUAUGUGUAUGCCUUACUGCCCAAGUGACUGAAUCCUUCCUGAAGAAGUGGACAUUGCCAGAUUCUUUAGGAUGUGACAACAGAGGUGCUUUGUGUAAUCUGUGUCAAUCCUGUCUUUGACGUCCGUUUUGACAAAGUCAUCAUCAUCUCUGGUUGCUGGGGCUUCUCUCAUUGACUCGACCCUUUAUAUAUGUGCCUGAAGCACCAGAGAUUUUUCCAUCAUCAUGUAUAGAACCAUCAGUAAGAAAUUGUGAAGCCAGUGUGCUGGUGUUUUAGGUGUGUUUAGUAGUGUGAAUCUGAAUGCACGGGUGAAUUUAGCUGUGCUCUCUCAGUGAAACUGUGUCGUUAAAAUACUGGAAACCGACCCAUUAAUAUGAAUGAAGGAUGACUUGCAUGGUGGAUGUUCUGCAGUAUAUCAUUGAUGUGGUAUGCAGUUUUAAUAGUGUGACUCCAUGAUAAAGACAAUAAAGGUAAAGUCUGUUUAUCAUGUAACACAAUUGAGGUUUCACAUCAUCGGCUUACCUGUGAGAAGAUUUUUUUUCAUACAAUUUCAUACAGCAUUUAAAGACCCAUCAAAAUAGUUUUAAAUUUUUUUGUGCUGACGACUUAUUUUCUAUUGAAACAGGAAAUUUGGGGUGGUAUGUAUCUAAUGCUGUCUUCAAGUGCACCUGGGCAACUCAUACCAUUCAAGAAAGGUAACAUGGAAGUAGCGUAAAUAAAGCAAACAAAUAAUGUUGUGAACAAUAA